AUGGAAAAAUAUUUACCCGUCAGCAUAAGUGAUGCUACACGAAGCAACACAAAUUCUUCUUCAAAACUCAGCAGUUCCCACAUACAGAUACACCCAAACAAAGGAAUCCAAAUGCACGCCCUAAUUCAAGCUCGAAAGCACCUGGAUAAUCAAGUUUUACUACUCCAAAACCGCAUAAAACACUUAGAGACAGAGCGCUGUAGGUCUGAACGCACCAUUGAGCUUGCCAAAACUAUGACGAAAAAGCGGCAAGAAGUCAGAAAAAAGGCCAACGAUGACAAAGAUCUCCAAACGCAAAAGAAAAUAAAUUCUACCAAAGACUUAGAUAACAAAAAGAGGAUUGUUUCCGAAGAAAGGGAAAAAAGGAAAGAAAGUCUGAUGCAAACAAAGCAAAAAUUAUUUUUGGAAAAGAAAAGAGCAAGCUCUUCAGUUAAAAAUGAAAAAAUGAUGAACGAAUCAGUGAGAAAAGAGAAGGAAGAACUCAAUCAAAGUAUAACAAAAAAUAAGGCAGAAAGGAUUUUGAGUGAGUUUAGGAAAAAAAAAGAAAUUCAAGAAGAAAGAGCCAAAAAGCUUAAGCUUGAAGCUGAAUUAAAAUAUAUUAAAAGAAUAGAAGACGAAACAAAUUAUCAAGAAAAUGUAAAGCAAAAAAUAAAAGAACUGGAAUCUUUAGAAGAAGAACUCAAAAAAAGCCUGAAGCAAACUUUACUAAAAAAAGAAAGCGUCAUGAAGCAGAUGGGCUCUCAUUCCUUGAACUCCACGUUUUACUCCCAAAACUGAUUUUCCCAUUCCCCUUUAAAGCGGCCUUAUAUAGCAACUCCGAACCCCGAGGAGCAAUUUUUGGACGAAAUUUCGAUAAAUUACAUUGAAUACGUACCUUUCGAUGUCACUGAUAUAGCAAAUGAUGAAAGUUUUGUUUUAACUAAUUAG